CCACCCCCAUAUAUAAGUCCAUACUCACAUCCACACUCUCUAACCAACCUGCACUCCAUUUCUCCUCCCUCACGCCCCCCAAACCCCCCCUAUAUAUUCGUAUUUAUUAACUAAAUAUCAGAGAGAAAGAGAGAGAGAGAAAACGAGAGAGAUAUUGCUAUAUAUAUAUACAUAUAAAAAAAAAAAAAAAUCAUGUAUGCAUGAGAUCGAGAAGAUAUAUAAAGUAGCUUGCUAGCUAGCUAGAGCUAGGUAGGAACAAGAUGGCCGGGUCGAUCCAGUGCCAUCCCAAGCAGCAGCUGAGGCUCUUCGGCUUCCAAGUCGGCGACGAAGAAGGCCAAGAUCGCUCGCAGCCGGCGGAUGCACCCGACGCCUCUUCCGGGUCCGCUGCCUCGGCUGCCGUCGGAGCGGGGGCAGAAGCCGGGCGAAGGUUCGAGUGCCAGUACUGCUGCCGGGAGUUCGCCAACUCGCAGGCGCUGGGCGGCCACCAGAACGCACACAAGAAGGAGCGCCAGCACCUCAAGCGCGCCCACGCCCACGCCCACGCCCACGGCCUCUCCCCCGCUCAUCACCGCCCGCCGCCGCCACCCCCCGGUGCUCCCGCCCGCCGCGCCGCCGGGGCCCCGAUCUUCGCCCACCCCGUGCGGCGGCCCCACCUCCUCCCCGCCGCCGGCUGGGUCUACCUCCCCCGCCAGGCGGUGCACCUGCAGGGCCCGCCCGGAUUCCACGUCCUUCCCAGCUCGGAGGUGCCUGCCACGUCGCCGGUGGCGUCGUUCCUCGCCGGUGCGGCCGUCGCCGAGGGGGAGGCGGCGGCCGCUGCGGCUGCCGGGUUGGAUCUCCACCUCUCCCUCGGCCCGGCCGGGUCGUGACUUCAUCCCCCUCGCCUUGCAUCCAUCCAUCCAUUUGUUUUACGCCCCACCUGCUAUUUAGAAAUGUGUUAGUUAUUAAAGUAUAUAUGAAACGAUCGUAUGAUCUGCAGGUAUAUAUCAAUAUCAAGUAUGAUUAAUUA